CUGUUUUUGUUUCACGUGAUUAGUGUUGCAUGCAUUUAUUAGAGACCCCUGCUCAGUCUUUCUCGUACUCCCAUAUUUCUCUCUCCAUCUCAAACGGAGAGACACAGAAGGGGACCAUACACCUAUGCCUUGAAGUGUGGUUUGGGGAAAGGAGAUGUGGAACAGCACUCUCACUCAUAGAUCUAGAUCAAGCCAUGGAUAACAGCAGCCUGGGCUGGCUGGGGGAAGGGAACGCUUCUCUCCUGAACGACUCGAAUUUGUGCGGCCGCUCAAGGCACCGGGCCUUCCGCGUGGCACUGUACGCCUUCCUUACGGUGGGCAUCGUCUGUACGGUGGUGGGAAACUUCCUGGUGGUGCUCGCAAUUGCCUACUUCAAGCAGCUACAGUCGCCCACUAACUCCUUUGUGAUGUCGCUAGCUGUGGCAGACUGCCUCGUGGGCUUGGUGGUGAUGCCCUACAGCAUGGUGCGGACAGUGGAGGGCUGCUGGCUCUUCGGCACCCUCUUCUGCAAGCUCCACUCCAGUCUGGAUGUCAUGCUUUGCACCGCCUCGAUAUUCCACCUUAGCUGCAUCGCCUUCGACCGCUACUACGCCGUCUGUAACCCGCUGGUCUACUCCCUCAAGAUGUCCCAGAGCCGUGUGGUGAUGCUCAUUGUGAUAUGCUGGGUAGUACCCAUCCUCAUCUCCUUUGGCCCCAUCCUGUUAGGUCUCCACAUGGUCGGCGUGGAUAUCCCCCUCCCCCCUGACGUGUGCAUCUUCCUAGUCAACCGUGUGUACGCUGUUAUGGCCUCCCUGGUGGCCUUCUACCUCCCCAUGGCCAUCAUGCUCGUGGCCUACUGGAAGAUCUACAAGGCAGCUAAGAGGCAGGCCAUGCAGAUCAGCGCCAUGGAGAGCCAGAUGGCGUCUGGAGUGGGAAAGGACUCCAGCAAGAAGCAGAGGCACCGCAACGCCAUGAGGAGGGAGAGGAAGGCUGCUAAGACCCUUGGGAUCAUCAUGGGGGUCUUCCUCCUCUUCUGGGUGCCCUUCUUCACCGUCAACAUCGUGGAUCCGUUCAUCAACUACUCCACCGCGGAGGUGAUCUGGGACAUCUUCCUUUGGUUGGGCUACGUCAACUCCUCCCUCAAUCCCUUCCUCUACGGGUUCUUUAAUCGCUCCUUCCGGAGGGCGUUCCUCAUGAUCAUGGGCUGUAGGCUCUGCCUGCCCGGGACUUCAGCCGGUAUGGACCUAUCACACUCUAGGAGAGAUGCCAACGAACGCACUGAGAACCAAUAGUGCAAAGAACUAGGUAGAAAAAGGUAUUUUACAAGGUUUAAAAACACAAUUUUAAAGUUACCCAAGAUUGUUCAAAUGCAGUUCACAGUACUGAAGAUGGUUCAGGGCAAACCAAAACAACCUUUAGCUACGGACGUUUGUCUCUUACAAAGAUGGUUUACACUUUCAACUUGAACUGUGUGCAGUAAAUUUGGUUAUCCAAAGGGAUCAUGUUUGUUCAAUGAUCAAGUUUUUGAAAGACAUAUUCACAUCAACAAUGUGAAAGAAACUUUCUGUUUGAUGGUUAAAAAGGGUGGAAAUGAACAUAAUGGAAACCCGGAAGCCCAAAUGACAGCGUGCAAAUAAACACACAAUUUGGGUCAGCAUUGCCAAGGCAAAAAUGUGAAUGCCCUCAAGUAAAUGUUGUUCUAGCUUUGUAAAUAAAUACAUUGUCAGUGUUGCUUUGUAUAAAAGCCUCAAUGUUCCAAAAUAAAUGUAUGUCAUGUCGGCUUGUUUGCACUUUGUCCUAAAUGGCUGCUACUGUUCUGGGCACAUUGUGUAUUCUUUAUUGGCUGAAAUUAUGAACAGGCCUAUACAAGAAAGUAUAACCUUUAAUUAAAUUAAUAUACUCUGUUUAAGUCAUCAUUGUACAGAGCACUUCCUGGAUUUCGAUUGAAGUAGGAAGCUUUUACUUUUAAUAACAAGCAAAUUGGAUUUGGAUCCAAUAUUUAAAGAACUGUGAGGCUUUAUUGCCCUAAAUUAGCCACACAACCUAGCUGCCUAUGCACAUAUUGUUUGUGUUUGUAUUACAAGCUGUGAUUGUUUUAAUUGUCCUCUACAACGUGAUUACAAGACUAUAUUUGAUGGAGGAAAUAGCUGGAGCCAAAAUAGAAUGUGAAAUAUGGUUAUGUUUUGAUUAAACCGUGCUUAUGAAAUGAUUAGUGCCUUUAGCUGAACAGACGGGGUCACACACUGGCACCAGUCCGUCCAGCCAUGGCAAGUAAGAAUAAUAUGGGAGAGAAUGAACCUCAGGAGACUGGGCCAGAAAGUGUGUAUGUGUGUGUGUGUGUAUGUGUGAAUGAGAGAGAGCAAAGGAAUAAAAAAAGGGUUUUGAUAACAAUGUGCAGAAGAGGAAGGAAAUGCAAUGGUUUGAGGAUGUCCUCUCUAAACCUCUUCGUAAAUACCUUUCUCACCUGCACUGUGACCUCACAUUUUGAAAGAGCAGAAAAACAGAUCAUGAAACAGAUCAUGAAACUAAAAAACGAUCUAAAAACAAAAUCAAGAGGUUGGUUAGAUGGUUAAGAAAACAGCCAUGUUUUCACAAUAUGUACUUCAAAUAGAAUACCAACCCAUUAUAUUUCUCUAUAUAUUUAUGGUAUCCAUCCAGCUUGUGAGUGAGACCCUGCUGAGUGCUUUAUGUUUACCCUCAGAGAGAUUCACUACACACACACACGCACACACAAACACACACACACACACACACCAUCCCACACGGGGUGUGCAUCACAGGUGGAUUACUCAUUCUGCAAAAGGAAGCAAACUCUCUCAGACAUCCUGGCAGCCAGACAUUCACACACAUCCCCACACAUCCCCACCCAAACACCCUAACACACACACACACUCAAAUCAACAAAUUGCAGCAAAGCACAACUUCUGCUUUGCCACAGGACCUUUCUUGUUCUUUUAAUUUCACCUACAGUAGUACGGAUGGUAGAGACAGAGGAGAAAGUAGAAUAAAAAGUAGCUUCAUCAGAAAUGAUUCUACUUCAAAUCAGCUCCGCCUCCACCUCCACCUGCUCAAAUGGAACAGAACUUCGACUUCAACAGAUCUCAGCUAAAAAUGUCUGGUAGGAAUGUAGCGGAAAAAUACUGCUCAGCCUCUCCCGUUCUGUGUAAUUAAUCGGACGAUAAGCAUCACGCUGCAUGGGUUGGGUUUUUUGAAAGAGGAAAAGGAUGUGGAAGGUAUUCGAAAGAGUGCUGGCUUGACACAACAGUGGAGUGAAGAAUUCGACAGUUUGGUCCUCUCCAGAACCCAGAAGAGCUUCUCCUCAACACCUUGAACAACACACUGUUAGACAGACUCCACUUGCACCUGUUGACGCGGUGUGAGCACUGCUUUGUAUCACGGUUUCCUUGUUUGUUUGCUGACUUGGCUCCUUGCCUGAUAAGGGAAUUUUGUCGCAACUGUUGCUGUUUAGCUGACUUGAGACUGAUCUAUUAAACUGACGUUUUUUCAUUCCUGUCUAGGUUCAAUGGAUGUUAUUAAUUAAAUGAGUAGCAUUUUGAAAAUUUCUAUACGGAAAUAUGUGAAGUAGAACAUACUGUCAUGCAUGACAACACAGCUUCUGCAAAACUUAAGCCAAAAACAACCAA